UUUCCCAUGCUGUGCUUUGAAAUGCAGAACCGAGCCACCUCUCCCCAGGAAAAGAGAAGUACAUUUCUACUCCCAUACAAGUCCCUCCGUAACUCCGAGAGUCAAAUCAGUUUCCUGGGCAGCGUUUGCAAGCGAAUCCCGAAGCGUACCCGUACCGCAAAGGGAUUGGGAAUUGUACAUGUUUGAAGCGCACACGUUCAGCAGCAGGAAGUGUUGAGGAUCAUUAGUGCAAUAACUACCAUGGAGCCAGCGUUCGGGGAGGUAAACCAGCUCGGGGGGGUGUUUGUCAAUGGCAGACCCUUGCCCAAUGCCAUCAGACUGCGGAUCGUUGAACUGGCUCAGUUGGGGAUUCGACCCUGCGACAUCAGCAGACAGCUUCGGGUUUCCCACGGCUGUGUCAGCAAGAUACUGGCUCGCUACAACGAGACGGGCUCGAUCCUACCCGGCGCAAUCGGGGGCAGCAAACCCAGAGUGACGACCCCCACGGUGGUCAAGCACAUCCGAGGAUACAAGCAGAGAGACCCGGGGAUUUUUGCCUGGGAGAUUCGAGACAGACUGUUAGCCGAUGGGGUGUGCGACAAGUAUAACGUGCCCUCGGUCAGCUCCAUCAGCAGAAUCCUGAGGAACAAAAUUGGAAACUUGUCGCAGCAAAAUCAGUACGAAUCCAGCAAGCACUCGCCACAUCCGCCUCCUCCUCCACAGUCGGCUCUCUCCUACAACCCGCUCUACUCCUACCCCAGUCCCAUCACGGCCGCAGGAGCUAAAAUGCCAACCUCGCCUGUCCUCCCGACUCUCCCCGGCCACAUGGGCAUUCACAGGACCUGGCCUUCAUCGCACUCUGUCACCGACAUCCUGGGCAUCAGAGCUAUCGUGGAACAGCAAGUGGAAGAAUGGAACAACAGUAUAAACAGGAGCAAUUUCCAGUCCUCAAACCAGCCUACAGUGAAUGGCUUGGACAAGUCCCCACUGGAACAGGAAGUCAAAUACACUCAGGCUCCCAAUGGCCUGCCUGCAGCAAGCAGCUUUGUCGCCGCUUCAACCAUGGCUCCCUACCCUCCACCCACACAAGUGUCGCCCUACAUGACAUACAGUGCGGCCGCUUCCAGUUACAUGGCAAGUCACGGCUGGCAGCAUGCGGGUGGCAGCACACUCUCAGCCCACAGCUGCGACCUCCCUACGCCACUGCCAUUUAAAAGUAUUCAAGCAACCAGAGAAGGUAGCCACUCUGUUGCAGCCUCUGCUUUGUAAUGCACACACACACACACACACACACGCACACACACACACACAGUUAUAUAUGUAAUGAAUGCUAUGUCCUCAGAUGUCAACGAUGCAUCAGCAUCAGCACAGACGUUGGUCUCAAACCUUUGAGAACGUAGACAUGAAGAAAUAUUGGUUACUUGGCAUUUUUCCAAACUUUAUUUUGCUUGCUUUUAUUUAAUGGACAAUUGGAAUCUGCCCCCCUUUAUAUCACAUAGUUAGUAACCCUUGCAAGUUACCCAUGGUUUCACAUGAUAAUGUAAUUGGUACUUAAAGUGUAAAAGGUCGAGGAUCAAAUUAUACCCAUGUUAUAUCCAAGGAAAGAUGGCAACUCAAGUAGUUAACCAUAUGACUCCCAACCAAGUUUGAAUCCCAGAGCUACUUGUCCCUCGGGGCUUAGUUUGAAGAGUCAUGUCACUGUCUGUCUGAGAUAAAUGGAGUAUCAAGACAACAUGAGCUUUUACAUCUAACUAGAAGUGGGAAAAUCUCAAAAUUGUCCAUCCACUUUCCCUCCUCCCAUCUCCAUGACUGAGUAAAGUCUAACCAUGGAGGUAGCAUUGAUGCGACAGGCAUUGAUGUUUGAGCCUCAAUAAAUCCCACCAUCCUGGUUAAGGGAAGAAAGCUGAUGGCAGUAAGUGGCCUGUCAAUGGGAGCAAAAUUACACCAGACACAAGGUAUAAAAGUUAAAUCAAGGAAAGCAGAAUAAAGUUUAAACUACCAGUGGCCAGAUUUUCAAAAGUUCAUGCUAUCAAUAAUUGAUACAGAGACAAUUAAAAGAAGAUUUACAACUUAUCAAUGCUGCUAAUUAACCACUGGUUAAACUAGUUACAGCAAACCAUUCAACAGCAAAACUUGCAUUUAUCCAGCACCCUUCAUGUGGGUAGCAUCAUUCUAAACAAUUGCUCAUUAAUUCAGAUUUAAGUUGUAGUUUUUCCCUUCCAGUGAUACUCAAAGGGAAGCUUAUCUCAAUUGUUUUCCCAACAAUAGUAAAGCAUAACAUGAAUUAUGUUAUUUAGGCAGAUUAUUUUUUUCCCCUUUGAAUUGUUUAAGUGGCCAUACGUAUUAAUACAAAAAGUGGUUUACAGGAUGCUACACUGUUUCUGAAAAUGCAGUGGGGGAAAAUGCAAAACAAAAAGACCACUAUAAACUUUAGUGCAAUUCUAUUGAAAACCUGGCCCCAGUUAUAUCCUAUUCAAAAUUCAAAAAAUUAUACAGCUGUACUUAUAUAUCACUAAUUUCUUCUGUUAAAGCAAUAAAUAUAAGUAACUGGAAUUAGAGAGUGAGACAGAAUAUUGUAAUUUAAAUUUUUGUUGAAGACAUAAUUGAUAGGGGAAAGUAAUUAUGGAUUAGAGAUUUUCUUCUUUGUAAAUACAAAUAAAUUGACAAAAUUUAUUUUUG